AUGAUAACGCCCAAGGUUGUCUCACGAGUAACAAAUGAGAUUGCAGAUCGUCUGAAUUUGACGAGAAGUCAGGUGAUUGGAGGCAAUGGCAUUCAGGCGACCAGAUUGUGCUGCUACACCAAUGAAGCAAAUACUAUCAACAAAACUAAUUUGGAAAACCUUGCCGGGGAAUCAAAAGAUUUUGAAGCGUCAGACAGCGACAAAGGGAAUAGCAAGAUACUCGAUGAAUACACUCCGGUCGAAAAUACAAUCUCCUUGAAAGUCGGGGCUCAAGUGAUGCUUGUCAAAAAUAUCAACGUCAGCAAAGGCCUUGUGAAUGGUGCCAGAGGAGUCGUCACUAAGUUCUCAAGCGGCUUACCGGUAGUGAAAUUUCUGUCAGUGGAAUACACGGUGAAACAAGAAAAGUGGAUUGUCCGCGCAGCUGGAGGUCUGAUGCUCACCAGGAUUCAACUGCCUCUCAAGCUAGCCUGGGCAUUCUCCAUCCACAAAUCCCAGGGACUAACGCUGGACUGUGUGGAAAUGAACCUGUCUCAAGUGUUCGAAGCUGGGCAGGCGUAUGUGGCGCUCUCCCGUGCCAAGAGUCUCGACUGCUUGCGGGUCAUCGACUUUGAUAUCCAGAAAAUUUGGGCGAAUCCUGAUGUACUUAAAUUCUAUAAGCGACUGGAUCAACGAUGUAGGGAACUAGAAUCAAUUAGUGAAUUUAUUCCUCUUGGUAGGAAAAAGUGAUCGAUCUUAGGUGUAAUAAUCGAUAAAAUCUAUAUUUUUAUAUUUUUUUUACUAUUUAUACGCUCUAUUUUAUUCUUGAUAACAAUAAUAUACUUCGAUAUGACCGUCAAAUCGAUUCGUUAAUAUGAAUAAAAUGAUGAUUGUGUGAGAGUGAAGAAAG